AUGAGCUGGAGUAGUGUAGCUCCGCUUCUAUCUGUAACUCCUUCAAAACUUGACUCAUCCUCUUCCUUCCUGCCUUCUUCUUCCUCUUCGGUUUCAAGUGUUAGGGUUUCGUUAAGCUUGUCAUGGAGAUUUAGACCAACUAGUAGCAGAUACCUUUCUUCAUCUUCGUCAUCUUUGUCGUUAAGAAAGCAAAUAUGCAGAGCAGCAGCAGAAUACAAAUUUCCCGACCCAAUUCCAGAAUUUGCUGAUGAGGAGACAGAAAAGUUUAGGACCCAUCUCCUGAAUAAGCUUUCCAAGAAAGAUUUGUAUGAAGACUCUGUUGAAGAGGUCGUUGGGAUCUGCACUGAGAUAUUUAGUACUUUCUUGCACACCGAGUAUGGUGGUCCUGGGACACUCUUGGUAGUUCCUUUCAUUGAUAUGGCUGAUACUCUGAAUGAGCGUGGAUUACCUGGUGGACAGCAAGCUGCGCGUGCAGCAAUCAAAUGGGCACAAAAUCAUGUUGACAAGGACUGGAAUGAAUGGACUGGUGACGAAAAUUAA